AGCCUAUAAACUGUUUGUAUUGUAAGUGAUCUGGUGUUUAGCGUAAAGAAUUUUUCUUGAAUUGUCUUCCGCAUCAACAAGGUAGGUAGUCUGCCCGAGAGUUUAGCAGAACAAGCUCAGAAUUAGAAAGAAUCUUGUAGGCAUGCCAUCAAAAUUUCAACCACGAAUACAUAAAGACGCUCAAGAAGAACAUUGAUUUCAUCAUUUGGAAUAUCAAUUACUGUUACAUAAUUAGAUCGUAAUGAUUUAUUCAGAUUUGAGGUGCUUAGCGAGGUGAACCGCAAGUCAGCGAAAAGGACAUCGAUUUCUCCGACACAGAAAUUAUGUUUGUUAGUGGCAAAGUGGUCAAGGAUUGUAACUACUCGUGUAAGAGGGAAAGAAACGCUCCAAAGAGCUGAACGAAUGUUUACAGCAGCCUAAUGCGCAGUGCAAUGAUACAAAUAUGUUUUAGUCCGGCCAAAUUGAACUCAUGAAUUUGAAAUGGCUUUUGGCUUCUGAAGGAAUGCGAGCGUUACAAGCAUAAAUUUAGUGCAGUGCAGUGCAGACAGGAAAAAUAUGGAGGGACUUCUCACCUUGGGCCUUGAUUCCAACGAAAACGAACCUGAACUUACAACAGUGGCGAACAGGGUUAGUUCGGUUCGUCUCAUGUCCGGCUCCAAUGACGCACACAGAGGGCCAAGGGUUGUAAUAAAUAUUUCUGGACAACGAUACGAGACGUACGUAAAGACGCUUGAAUCGUUUCCUGAAUCACUUCUUGGAGACAAAGAAAGAAGAAAGGACUUCUAUGAUCCUGUCAACAAUGAAUAUUUUUUUGACCGCAACCGUAUUUGUUUCGAGUCGAUACUAGCUUACUAUCAAACAAACGGAAUCCUAAUACGGCCACCUAACAUCCCUCGAAAGGUAUUUAUAAGCGAUGUCCGCUUCUUUGAUCUCGGAGCAAAGGCUCUAGUUCAAGCCGGCGAUGGUUUAGAACAGCCCACCGAGACAGCUCAACGUCCUUUACCGAAAAAUAAACUACAGAGGAAAGUCUGGGAGCUGUUUGAACAUCCAGACACCUCAAAUUUCGCGCGAGGAAUCGCAAUUUGGUCUGUGUGUAUAAUUGUUCUAUCGAUAGUUCUUUUCUGCGUGGAGACUUUGCCACAGUUUCAGGAAGAUCCUGCUCAAAAAACAAACGAAACGACGAAUUCUGCAACGUCAAAAAAGAAAACAGACGAUCCGUUCUUCGUGAUUGAAGCCUUUUGUAUUGGCUGGUUCAGCUUGGAGUAUGUCAUUCGCCUUGUGUUUAGCCCCAGCAAGUGGAAAUUUUUCAUCUCAGUUUUGAACAUUAUCGACCUAGUGUCGAUUAUACCAUUCUAUAUAACUUUGCCCAUGGAGGACUCGGCCAACGUUUCCUCACUCGCUGUUCUUCGUUCCGUACGACUUGUGCGAGUUUUCCGAAUUUUUAAGCUGUCGCGUUACUCGCGAGGACUUCAAAUACUUGGGCACACGCUGAAAGCAAGUUUGCGGGAAUUAGGGCUGCUGUUUUUCUUUCUUUGCAUGGGAGUUGUUUUGUUCUCCAGCGCUGUUUAUUACGCAGAAAUCAGCAAUGAGGAUGGAAAUGAUUUCCUAAGUAUUCCUCAUUCAUUUUGGUGGGCCAUUAUCACCAUGACCACUGUAGGCUAUGGAGACAUAACACCCAAGACUCUAGGUGGAAAGUUAGUUGGGUGUUUCUGUGCCAUCACAGGCGUGUUAGCCAUUGCUCUCCCUGUCCCGGUCAUAGUGUCUAACUUUGCUUAUUACUACUCAAAAGAGAACGGCAGGCAAUCAAAUAUAGACGACGAAGAGGAAGAAGGUGAAAUAGAAGAGGAACGUGAGGCCAAGGAAAGCGAAACAAAGAAGAAAGGCCUACUACUUAAUUGCACUGGAAAGAAAUCCCAAAAGAAUAAAGGGGAUGUAAAACAAAGAAAGAGGAGCCGAAAGUAUGGAACUGUAAAAUUUCCAGAUACAAUGUAUAAUGCCAUAGGCUCCAAUGUUAACAUGGAUCAUCCAAAUGGCCUGGCAAACUCCACCACUGUAAGUGGGAAAAACAACUAUCAAAACCACGGAAAGAAGACUUCUCUGUCACAAGUAGAAACAAUUGUCUAAGAAGAAUUUAGAGAUAAUGACAGGAGAUGUAUGAGCUCGGAGUCUACUGGUUCGAAGAGACUAACGUGAAUUGGCGCUCUGCCCAACGGGAUAUCACCGUGAACCUACAUGACAAACUCUGCUUUCCGCUGAAGUUGUACGACCAUUUUGACGUGUUUAGCUGUCGGUCUAGCCUAGUAGAAGCUGCAGUCCGUUAUGGUCUUAGCUGCUUUUUAGUCUUGUAGAGGAGCUUUCUGAAAAAGCUCAAGCUGCAGAAACAAGACUGCCGAAACAACGCAAAUAGCUGAUGCUUUUCCCUUUUUUUUUGCAAUGAUUUUGGCGUGUAGACAGAAUUAGGCGCCGACGAGUUUGUAGUUGAUUGGUAAAAUGCCGACCGUUUUACUUAACAACCGUCAAAGGCAAUGCACUUUGUACGUUGUGUUAGUCUUUGCGUUUGAUUUUUGGACUUCUUUUUAAUUAUAACUGAGAAUAAAUCACAACCCAGUGUCUA